AAACGUUCCAGAGGACAAGUGCUAUUUGACAAAGUGUGCGAGCAUCUGAACCUUUUGGAAAAAGACUACUUUGGGCUAACAUACAGAGACACGGAAAACCAAAAGAAUUGGUUGGACCCUGCCAAGGAAAUCAAGAAGCAGAUCCGAAGUGGUGCUUGGCAGUUUGCAUUUAAUGUGAAAUUCUACCCUCCAGACCCUGCCCAGCUAUCUGAAGAUAUUACCAGGUACUACCUCUGCUUGCAGCUGAGAGAUGACAUCGUGUCAGGUCGGCUGCCCUGCUCAUUUGUCACCCUGGCCCUGCUGGGCUCCUACACUGUGCAGUCAGAGCUUGGCGACUACGACCCUGACGAGUACGGCAGUGACUAUGUCAGCGAAUUUCGCUUUGCGCCAAAUCACACUAAAGAGCUGGAGGAUAAAGUGAUCGAGCUGCACAAGAGCCACAGGGGAAUGACACCUGCGGAGGCUGAGAUGCAUUUCCUGGAGAAUGCCAAAAAACUGUCAAUGUAUGGAGUAGAUCUCCAUCAUGCCAAGGAUUCUGAAGGAGUGGAAAUCAUGUUAGGAGUUUGUGCAAGUGGUCUCUUAAUAUAUCGAGACAGACUCAGAAUAAAUAGAUUUGCCUGGCCAAAGGUUCUGAAAAUUUCCUACAAGAGGAACAACUUCUACAUCAAAAUCCGACCAGGGGAGUUUGAGCAGUUUGAAAGCACUAUUGGGUUUAAGUUGCCAAAUCACCGUGCUGCAAAGCGCUUAUGGAAAGUGUGUGUUGAGCACCAUACAUUUUUCAGGCUCCUGCUGCCAGAAGCACCUCCAAAGAAGUUCCUUACGCUGGGCUCCAAGUUUCGCUACAGCGGCCGGACGCAGGCCCAGACGAGAAGAGCCAGCGCCCUCAUAGACCGUCCCGCACCUUACUUUGAGCGGUCUUCUAGUAAACGUUACACUAUGUCUCGCAGCUUAGAUGGGGCAUCAGUGAAUGAAAACCAUGAAAUGUACAUGAAGGAUUCUGUGUCUGCUGCAGAGGUUGGUACUGGCCAGUACGCCACAACAAAGGGCAUCUCUCAGACCAACUUGAUAACCACUGUGACUCCAGAGAAAAAGGCAGAAGAAGAGAAAGAUGAUGAAGAGGGCAAAAAGAAAAGAGCAGAGGAAGUCACCCCGGUCUCGGCAAUACGCCAUGACACCAAG